CAAGGUAUUUUUUUUAAUGCUGGUAACAAAGCAGUUGGUCCUCAUUGACUUCUAUAGAAAGAUAUGGAAGCCACGGGGGAAACAGUUGACCCAUAUUAUUUAACAUGUCUUCUUGAGACAGGGUGCGACAAACGCUGAAUGACAGAAUUUUCAUUUGAGGGUGAACUAUCCCUUUAAUAGGCACAUUAGCAAAACGUUUAGAUUAAACAUUUUGUUAGAAAGAAAAAACGUAAAAGAAAGCUUUUUUUUAGUAAAUGUAGGCCUAAACACACUCAUGAAAUAGGUAUAAGUUCACUAACAUUUUACUAAAGGUAAAAAAGCAACUGUUCUGCACCAUGCGGUGUCUCAGUAACUGUCCUCUCACAGCAAGUCCACGUUUCCGGUCACCGCUGGCCAUUCAUGUGUGUGCUCCAGCAUUGAACAGGCCAUUUAAAAAAUGGAAAGAACGCAUUUUGUCCAUGUUGGUGAUUAUUUAGGGUGUCAACCGGUUGGAAGGCCCUCUGUCCAAGUACCCUGUUCCUGGAUUGACUGCUGAAGUGCCAAUGAUUUGAGCAGGUAGAAAUGCGCGACAGUGCAGCGUCUCUCAAUCACCAGCGGUUCAAUCAGAUGCAUUAACACGAAUUAACAAAGGCCCGGUUAAUUCAGAAGAGACCGCCUCUCGAUUAAAUCCACAGCGUGAACUAAACACGCGACGGAACGCAAGACCAUUUUCAUUUAGGAUCCACUCGAACCGCGGCCAAUUACUCCAUGACUCAUUCUGGUGAUUCUGUCAUCUCAGAAAUAAGAUGCUCUUCGCCUCGUAUAAAUGAACCCCGGCGAUGCUCUUAGCUGCACCGACAAUCGACUCACAAACGAGGUCACUUACGGAGCACACCGACGGAGAUUACGGGGAUUUGCCUCAAUGAAGCUGCACCUGCUACUCGCCGCUGUGUCUCUCGGUGUCUUCGUCUCGCUUUCUGGGUCCGCUCCCGGACACACGAACACGCGGUCGCCGGUUCUGAUGCGCUUAGGAGAGGAGUACUUCAUCAGGCUGGACAACGCCGACCGGAGAUCACCGUCACGCACCGAGGCGCUUCAGCUGCAGCUCACGCAGCGGCAGCUAGGAGGUAAGCUCGGUCGCGUCGGUAACGGGAUCGCGAACAGCUUCGAGGAGCGGGAGCGCCGGUCCGAGGAUCCGCCGAUUUCGCUGGAUCUGACCUUUCACCUGUUGCGCGAGGUGCUGCAGAUGGCGCGAGCCGAACAGCUGGCCCAGCGCGCGAGCAACAACCGCAAGAUUAUGGACGAUUUAGGGAAAUAACACAUGACUUGCGCAAUUACAUUACAUGUAUACGCAUGUUUUUACGUUCAUCAAGUGACAUAAAACGUGUUCAGAGUUAACUCUUCUUAAUACUGUGUUUUGAGUCUUUGUAGGCUUUAGUAAUAAUAAAUUAUUCAUAAACAGGCAUAUACUCAGUGAAAGACAAGAUCAUGUUUUAUUUUAUAUUUUAAUUAGCUACUUUGAAAAAAAAAAGUCAUAUUUAACAGUUGUUAAACAUUUUAUCUUUACAAUUUCCAACCUUGCCAUUACAUGUAUAUUUAUUACUGUCAAAGUAG